AUGUCGCGUAUUAGUGCAGACGACCAACUCAACUUUUUGUUGAGUUGUGUAAAGAACUCCAACAAUGGAAAGGUCAACUUUGCAGCCGUCGCAGAGGAAUGUGAAAUUGUCACCAAGGGCGCCGCCGCAAAACGAUACGAGCGGCUCAUGAAAGCCAACGGAAUCAACCCCAACGGCGGUGGUCCCGCUACUCCAGCCGAUGGCGAACCAAGUCCUCCUGAGACACCCAAAAAGCCUCGCAAAGCCCCUGCCAGCAAAGCAGGAACCCCCAAGGAGCCCAAAUCUGCCGCUAGCACUCCACGUAAGCGCAAGGGAGGGAAAGCAGCAGGCGCAGCGGCCGAUAACUCCCCGACAAAGAAGUACAAGUCUGCCGGAAAAAUCAAAGCGGAAGAUAGCGACGAUGGUGCUGCCGCCAACAAUGAUGCAGCCUCUGGUGAAACUCAAACUGGCAACGCGGGCCCAGAAAAUGAUCCUUUCUUGGUAACUGCUGUUGGCAGCGACAAGAACGUCGAUAUCAAAGCUGAGAACGUUGAGGAGGACAUUGAACUUGAGGUUUAG